AGCCGCCUCGAAAGCGACUUCGCAUUAGCAGCUCUGAUCAGCUUGGCCAAGAUUAUCUCAAGACUGGUGAAUGUCUACGCGUCGAAGCCUCUUCCGCGGACUCUUCGGGCAAACAGGCAGCAUACAGUCGCCGUAACUCUUCUCACGACUCUGAGCCGGUCCACAGACGUGAAGCCAUGUUAUUUAAACCUUCUUCUGGUUUUGUCGCUCGUGAACCUGCUAGCCUCCGUCGCGCGGCCUCCCUUCGUUCGGAUCCCUCUGCGUCAGAUUAUCCCCGACGCGACAAGAACGGUUAAAUCUUCGCCACUUCCUGCUGGUACAUCUAGGGAGCUUGACCUCGCGACUUGCCCACCAACCCUACCGGCUACACCUGUCUCGAAAGACUUGACUAAGCGAAAAUUGCCUUUCCUGUCCCCUGUCCCUGUGCUGUCACCUUCAGCUUUCAGCCCUGCAUCUCGCGCGCCAGUGUCUACUAUGGAUGCUGCUGAGAAGCGCAUCAGGGCUCUCGUCAAGAGGGAGCUCUCCGACAGAGGUUCGGACGGGCUACUCACCCUGAAGAUGUUCUCGCAUGAAGCUGUUGCCAAUUCUUGUGAGCCAGUUGACUCGGACGCAGAAAUGUGGCAAGCCCUUGGCGAACGCAUCUCAGACGGCACCCUCAAGCCCCGCAACGAGGUCAUGCAGGAGGACGAACUGGAAAGCACUGACAACAGCCAGCAUGAUAUACCCCUAGUAUUGGGCAUUGAAGAGGAUUUCCGCAUCAAAGUGGUGGAAUGGAUCCUAGAUGUUAUGCCUCUAGUAAAUUCCACUAAGAAGAACGCAUCCGCACACCUCCACGCACAGCUGACAGAGUCGCCCGAUACCCGUUGGCACGCAGCUCAUCUAUUCACGAGGUACUUCUUAGAGAUUGGAACAUCGACGCCGCCAUCUCCUCUAUUGGGGGGUUCAUCAGAGGACGCGAAGGGUCCUCGAGUCCUUCUGGGUAGAGAGGCUGUAACGUGGGACAUCGGAGUCGCAUGCUUGGCCUUGACAGUAAAGUUCCAUCGCGACUUCUUGCACCCGCUCUACCCCGUCGUGGCAAAUGAUUAUCUGGCUGUCUCACCGCAUACCAUGGAGUUCGACGACCUGGAGGCUGCACACCGAGACGUUCUUGGCGCUCUCAAUUUCUGCAUCGGUAGCAGCACUCCAGGCGCAUAUAUGGAGGAACUUCUUGUCGCUUUACCUUCCCUGCGGAUGUUCGUCGACGCACGAGGAAACUGGGAGUCCGCGCACGCUGAGACAUGGGAGGUGCUAUUUGAUACGCUCGUCGGUAUGUGUAUCUCUCUGCACGUCAAUUAUCUGCGUUAUCCGAUCUGCGCCAUAACUGGCUGUGCACUCGUCCUUGGCGUAGUGGAGUCGAUCGUCUUUAAACGCAAGACCGACGCGGCGAUCAGAGCGAAGUUUGCGCCAGAGUCGGCUCUCAAGAGGAGACGAGGCCUGAAGUGCGAGUGCGAUCGCCUCAGAGCGAAAGCGUACAAAGCCGUCCAAAAUGUUGAAGAGGACAUCCGUGAAGUAUUCGGAGUCUCAGAGGUGACCUGGACGCAAUGUAUGAGGUGGCUAAGGUCUAUUGAACGGUAA